AUGCAACAAAAUUGGGUCAUCUCUAAUCUCUUCGUAUCUUUUUGUUUCUAUCUAUCUAUCUAUCUAUCUAUCUAUCUGAGUUUAUUCAUUUUUUUGUUUGUUUGUUUUUCUUUCUUUCUUUUUUUCUUUCUUUCUAAGUUUGUUCAUUUUUAUCUAUCUAUCUAUCUAUCUAUCUAUCUAUCUAUCUAUCUAUCUGUCAUGGUUUGUUCAUUUUUAUCUAUCUAUAUAUCUAUCCUAAUCUCUUCAUAUCUUUUUGUUUCUAUCUAUCUAUCUAUCUAUCUAUCUGAGUUUAUUCAUUUCUUUCUUUCUUUCUUUCUUUCUUUCUUUCUUUCUUUCUUUCUAAGUCUGUUCAUUUUAUCUAUCUAUCUAUCUAUCUAUCUAUCUAUCUAUCUAUCUAUCUAUCUAUCUGAGUCCUUUUCAUAUCUAUCUAUCUAUCUAUCUAUCUAUCUAUCUAACCGAAACUCUUCAUAUCUUUUAAAGGGGGUGUGGUAUCUAUCUAUCUAUCUAUCUAUCUAUCUAUCUAAUUCCGUUUAUAUCUAUCUAUCUAUCGAGUUUCUAUCUAUCUAUCUAUCUAUCUAUCUAAUUCCGUUUAUAUCUAUCUAUCUAUCUAUCUAA